AUGAACACUUCUACCGGAGAUUCCGUGAUUCAACAGUCAUAUCCACCUCCACCUCCAUGGUACACCGAAUUCAAAACAUUAGAGGAUUCAAUUAAACGAGAGCCUCCCCCUCAACCUGAAAGAACAUUCACAUGUUUUGGAUGGCCAAGAAUUUCCGUACAGAAUGAGAAGCCUGGAGUUGCCGGUCUGCCCCAACUUGAUUCGGAUACGAAGCUUUUUUCAAAUAUUCAGGAUUUAAAAGGUGAAUUUCAAAGACUUUUCGAUCAAUUGGUUGAUACAAUGUUGACAUUUAUUGACAACCUGUCGCAGAGCGGAUAUCCUGGAGCUUCGGGAUCCAGUUCCCCAUUGCGCUCCAUUAUUAAGUUGCACAAGAAUCUUCAACACAUUUUGACUCUUCUCCGAGAUUGGGAAGCCCGCGAUGAAGUUGUUGCGCAAUUUGAAAGGCAGCUGAAAAGCAGGCUUCAACUCAUUGAGCGCUUGCGGGAAUGUUUAGUUCCGAGCGACGAUGCAACACACACCGAACCUGAAGAGGAUAUUUUGAAGAUUGAUGAUCCCGAAAUGGAACGUCUGUUAGAAACUGCGAUGUCUGAUGUCCCCUGA